UUGCUUUAUUUGAGUCAAUAGGUAGAAACCCGUUGCACAUAAAGGAGAGCGCGCAGACUUUUCGUUCAAAUUGAAUCCGUAUGUACGGAAAAAGUUAAUUAAAGUGAAUUCGUGAGCAAAAUAACUACCAUUUUGUAUCAGAUGCAGGUUACCAGGAACUCACAAUAGGAAGAUAUCGUGGACGCAGGAUAGCUACUUUGGGAAGCAUCACAUUGAUUCCGGCCUAAUUGGGUCUUAUGGCAGUUUAUGUUAAAAGGCUUGAUAAUACUAAGAAACUCGCUUAUAAAAUAUUGUUAGAAGAAAAUUUCGUCGCAGUUAUCAUCCCAAAGCAUACGGCAGAUUUUCAGGUCUCGUGUAAGAAAUGUCGGAAAGCGUUUCUUCAGCUGUUCCCAAAAAAGCAGCCCAAAGGCAGGAGAAUAAAGUUGGGAAGGAAGCACAACUGCGAGGUGUUAUUCGCGUGCUGAUCGACCGUGAAAGAAAGCAUCACCAACCCAUUUUAGCUGCAAAAAGGUUAGCGAAACACUGCCAGCUCUUGAAAGACGAAGUUGAGAGGCUAAAAGAACGGUCCUAUAACUACGAAACAGGAUUAGCGAGGGCAGAAAGAAUGGCUGCCCAGUAUCAACAAGAUCUUUAUAGAUUGACAUCAAGCAAGGGAGGAAAAGGCCUUACUGACAAAAGCGCCUCGAACGUAGUUAAAGGCUCGCCAUUUUACUUACCUUCGUCUAUCCAACAGUUGGUGGAUACAUUAUCGUCCAAAAACGUUACUUUGAUGAAAAUAUUACAAAAGAAGUCGGGAGGUGAUCUGAAAGCCGUUGAGCUUGUGCAGGAAAAUGAUAAUUUGGAAAAAAUGGUCAAAGCAUUGAGACAGGAGCUUGAUUUGAAAAGUUCACUUCUGGAGCACUACGAAUCAAUGCUAAGUGAUUCAAAACCCAAAGACGAUGUUGAUCAUCUUGCAAGGAGUAUUCUAGAACAACGGCAAGAGUGUGCCAGUUUAAAAAGCAAAUUAAGGUCAUAUGAGAACUAUGUGAAGCACCUCAGGGAAAAAAACAGUUCACUUAUGGAAACUAUCAUGACAGAUCUUGACAAGACAAAUCGGCAGCCUGUAGAGUCUGGAGAAAAUGAUGAUGUUGGGGCAGUUGCCAUUGGAGGCAAAGAAGGAAAUAAGAGUGCCAGUGCCAGUGCCAGUGCUAGUCGAGAAACUAGUAGAUGUAGCAGCUUGAAUGCAAGUAGGAAUGCAAGUAGAAGGGGAUCACUAAAAGAUACUGAUGUACAAACUGUUUGUGAAUUACAGUCAACUGGAAUUCAGACAGAUUCAGGAGUUUCUUGCAGUUCAAGUGCCAGGGGCAGCCUCGAUGAUGCAGAAAUAGAUUUGAUGCAAGAUGAUCAAGAAGCACUAAAAAAGCUACUGCACCAAAAAGAGUUCAAUGAGAAAGCAUUGUUGAAAAGAGUAUCAGAGAUGGAAGAGGCAUGCAAUGCAAUUUCAUUAGAGAAUGAAAACAUCAAUGCAACAGUUGUUAGGGUGAGACAAGAACUGCUUGAAGAAAAGAAAAGAAUCAAAGAGCUUGAGGAAAGCAAAGAAGAAUCUGAAGCAAUUCUAAAAUUAAUGCAAGAUAGAGUUGACAGUGUGAAUCAAGAUCAUGCAGAAGUUGAUAUACUGCAAAAGAAGCUGCAGCAGUUUGAAGUGAUGGAAUCUGAAACAUCAUUAAUGCAACAAGUGAUCCAAAAUUAUGAGGAAGAUAUAAAAAGCUACAUGGUUGAAAGAAAUCAACUUGUCAAAGAAAACAAGGAGACUAAAAAUAAAGUUGAAGAGUUGGAACAGCAACUUCGUGCUCUUACAUUCAGGCAAAAAGAGCAAGAGCAGCAGCAACGUUUGCAGCAGCAGCAGCAGCUACAAAGACAGCUACAGCAACAACAGCUACAAAAACAGCAGCAACAGCAACGACCGUUGACCCAGUCUCGUCGAGGGAUGGAUCAGCAACAUCAGGAGCCAUGGCAAAGCACACCGUGGGCAGGCAACCAGUUUCAACCAAGGCAACAGGUAGUUGCUGAUGGCAGUCCUACAUUUUAUCUGGAUUCAGCUCCAGAUCGCUUAACACAUCAAGCACAAAAGGAUCGUCGACUUCGAGAACAGAACCAAAGGCAUACAGAAGGUGUUGACAGGAUGCGCUCGCCAGGUGCACGUGAUGUGGAGGAGGAUCCCGACUACCAAAGCUAUAUGGAUAGCGGAACAGUAAAAUGUGAGAAUUGCGGAGAAAAAUUCCCCACGUCAUUAUUUCAAGACCAUUUCAGGGAUUGCUCAAGAGAUACUUGAGAUGUUUUUCGUUUAAAGUAAACUCAAAACAGCACUUCGAUUUGAGUGAUUUAAUGGUCUUUGAAAUUACGGUUUGUACGGUUGCGUUUACUGACAAACUAUUGUAGUUUUCGAUUGCAAGCAAGAAUUUAACCACUCAAUAGAAAUUGACCUGUUGUCAAAGACUUUGAUCUAGUCGGUAUCCAUAAAAGAAACCGUAUAUUGCAGUUUGGUUUUGGAUUGUAUGAUAGUGUAAUUAUGUUGUUGACUUCAAUGUUUUGAUUCUACUGAUAUUAAACAAUCAGUUGUGUUAGGAGAUGGUUGCUAAAUCUUUAUUAUUAAGUUUAAGAAUUAAGCAGUAGAUAUGAUAAUGCCAAACCAUCUACAAGAACAACAAGCAGCUGAAUGUAGCAAUUCCCUAUAUGUAUUUAGCUUUAGAGGGCACAUGUCGUGUUAGCAGUUGGCUAACAGAACAAAAAUUUCUGGAGUGGAAUUCCAUUGUUUCUUGACUUUUCGUCUCUGAUUCAUGGAUUCAUCCUCUAUUUCAUGUUUUGUACUAAACAAAAAAGAUGGCUGUAUUGCAUAAGCCAAUCAGGUUGACGAUACAUGCUCUUUGAUAGCCGCUUAUUAUGACCAUCCCUUAUAUUCCAGUUUGCAUUUUGUUAAACUCUUUUGAUCACAUGUACAACAUUCGUCCUAUUCAAGAUCAGAGACGUUUAUUGAUUAUGAUUUUUAAUCCAAAAUUUGAUCAAUCGGAAAAAGGCACCCCACCAUUCUAAAUCGUAGGCAGCAAGUAAAGGUGGCAGAAAGCUUUCUUGAUAUCGCUUAAAUUUAUUUUUCCCUCCGACUUGCUAGCUCGUCCCCAUACGUGAAGAAGCAACUUGAUCUAGUUUUUCAACAGGACCCCUAAUUGCCACCUUCAAUUUGUUACUUGGAAAAAGUUUUUUGUAUUUUAUAUCGUAUUAGAAUUAUAUUUUUUUGCAGGUUUAGUUGAAGCCAUAAAGCAGUUAAUGGAAUUAACGUACUGGUUUAUUGACGAACACCCUUAGGAAUUAUGAAAGAACACCGUUUAGCUCACUUAGCAUCAACGUGUGACUACAUCGUGUUCUCGAGUAUCCACAUACAAAUCCUUCUAUUUUAGGGUGUUCUAAUUAAUCGCAGCAUUAUUGCUCACCCAAGAGCCAUUUGUUUGGCCAUAAUCUGUAACAGUAGAAGUAUUCUGCUUUUUCAAGUUAGAGAAAGUGUAACCCUGAGGAUGAAUUUAUCAAGUAAUUUGCUACGAUUCAUGAACAUUUUUGUUGUUGCAGAACUGUUAAAGCAUUUUUCCUUUUCCUAUCAUAACCUUUUAAAAAGGCUUGCAAAUGCAUUUUCUCUCCGUGUUUAAAAACCGUUAACUUAAAUAUUCACAUUAUCAAACAUUGCAGCAUUUUCCUUUCA